AGAAGAGAGCAGAGCAGGAGAUAGAGAGAUACCAGGAGUGAAAUGGUUUGCGCUCCUAUCCAGACACUUAGGCAGGGAAGGAGCAUAACAGACAAUUGAGGAGUAUUUAUAAGCGAAAAACAGGGACAAAGGAAGAAAAAGAAGAAUCCCACCAACAUCCCUGUCAGAAGUAAUGUCUGCGGACUUGUUUUUCUCUGCCCGGGACUCAGGAAGGAAAGAACAUCUGUCAGUAGAGUGACCCCUGUGCGCUGGUGAAUAUCCAAUUCUAAUUCUUGGACUACUGUUGAAAGGAGCAGAAGAUAUCCCAGAAAUUUGCAUCUGUCGACCUAGACUGUUGCAGGGGUGGAAAGGAAAGGGGGCAGCGUGGUGUAUGGACCAGUCCCGGAGCAUCUGUGUUUACUCUGCAUGGUCACUCUGAAGGGACGAUGUGUUCUGACGGAGAGACAGAUGAUGGUAUGUGAAGUUCCUACUUCACAACGUCCAGUUAUUGUCUGGGGCCUUUUUACGAACCUUGCAGCGGCAGGCUCCCUGUCUGAUGAACUGACUGCCACUACCUUAUGAGGAUGACCUUUUCCAAAAUUGCUGAAUCCAUCCUAAACCCACAUAAAUACUAGUGAUCACAACUGUCACAAUGAUCACAUGUCAUAGUGACUGGAUACAUAUGCUGGGUAAAUAAUCUGGUCCACUCUAGCCAUCUCCAGUGAUUGAAGGUUCAGCAUGUCAAGUGGCCAACUGGAGACCUGCGCUCGAUUUUCAAGUCAAUGGUGGCUGGAGCCAGGCGUACAGAGACUGAUGAGGAAGGUGGAGAGUGAAGGCCUGUUCCAUUAGCCAUCCCAGGGGACACAUGGGCCUGGAGGCUGCCGGGACGCACUGACCUCUCCUGGACAGAUUCUGGACGUUACUACGCCGUACACUGGGGAACCUACAUGGCAGACUGACAAACCCUUGGACUACAAGCUAAUGGAUGUAACAGUUUUUUUAUAUUUACAAAUCUAACUACUGCCUUCUCACUGGGGACAAAAAAGCAAAAAGCAACGACUUGGAUCAAACUAUGAGCAGCACAUUCCACCCCUGUGCAGGGGAAAGAGUCUGUGAUUCUUUGUUUUCUUCAUUGGCUAUGUUUCUCCUGUCUGGGAAUAUCAUGAGAUUAUAAACAGGAGGUGGCUCCGACAUCUUAUUCCUGCUCAUCCAUCAGCUCUCCCACCAUCAGCAAAGCAAACGGACCAGAGAUCUUAGAAAAAAGCCUGUAGCGGACAUUAGCCUACAUCCGCUGGGUGCAGGUGGCCGAUUCCUUAGCUUUUUCUUUCCAGAAAACUGGCAGCCCAUAGACAGUCAGCACAGACAGGUGUUUUCUGGCUGUCAGCCUCUCUGGGAGAACCAAGAAGUGAAAGGAAAAGCUUCACUGGAGGGCCCUGCUGAGGCAGGAACACGCUUUCACUGGCUAUGUUUGGAUGCGAUGCUUGUAUCUUUGGAUCUAAAAUGGACUCUAUGGCCUGAUUACACAGUCCUGGUAUUCAGAUAGUGCUGGAGGGAAGGGAUAAUGCAUAUCCUUUCCUACCUGGAACAAGAAGCCACCAUGAGCAACGUCACAGUCACUGACAACACUGAACCUAUCAGCCGUACCAUGAGUCCGGCGACCCCCAGUCCGUAUCCCUAUCCUGUUAGUUUCCAGGUCUCCCUGACUGGCUUCCUCAUGCUGGAAAUCCUCCUGGGCCUGAGCUCUAACCUCACUGUGCUUGCCCUCUACUGUAUGAAGUCCAACCUCAUUAGUUCCGUCAGCAACAUUGUCACGAUGAACCUCCAUGUGUUGGACGUGCUGGUUUGUGUGUGCUGCAUCCCCCUCACCAUCGUGGUGGUGCUGCUCUCCCUGGAGGGAGACACGGCCCUUGUCUGCUGCUUCCAUGAAGCCUGUGUCUCCUUCGCUAGUGUUGCCACUGCUGCUAAUGUGCUUGCCAUCACCCUCGAUCGCUAUGACAUCUCAGUCAAACCAGCUAACCGGGUGCUGACCAUGGGUCGUGCCCUGGCCCUGCUGGCUGUCAUUUGGGUGCUAUCCUUCAUUAGUUUCCUCGUACCCUUUAUUGAGGUGGGCUUCUUCGCCCAGGGCACUGCUGAGCUGAACCAGACCAUGGUGGAGAAUGUGGUCCACACUAACCAGUACUAUACAGAACUUGGCUUGUAUUACCAUUUGCUUGCUCAGAUUCCUAUUUUCUUCUUUACUGCUGUUGUCAUGCUCAUCACCUACUCGAAGAUCCUACAAGCACUCAACAUACGUAUUGGUACACGUUUCCACACUUCACAGAAGAAGAAGGCUCGCAGGAAAAAGCAACCAUCGAUGACGGCCAUGACAACGCAGCAAGAGGCCACGGAGGGAUCACAGAGCAGUGGCAGCCGCAACCCCACACUGGGCAUGCGUACCUCUGUCUCUGUAAUCAUUGCCUUGCGCAGGGCUGUUAAACGCCACAGAGAAAGACGAGAGCGCCAAAAAAGAGUUUUCAGGAUGUCCCUCCUGAUAGUGUCUACUUUCCUUCUGUGCUGGACACCCAUCACGGUACUCAACACAGUUAUCCUGAGUGUGGGCCCCAGUGACCUAAUGGUCAAGAUGAGACUGGGCUUCCUGGUCAUGGCUUAUGGGACCACUAUCUUUCACCCUCUACUCUACGCCUUCACUAGGCAGAAGUUCCAGAAAGUUUUGAAAAGCAAGAUGAAGAAGAGAGUGGUGUCCAUCAUUGAGGCAGAUCCUACACCUAAUAAUGCCAUCAUCCACAACUCCUGGAUCGACCCAAAGAGGAACAAAAAGGUGACAUUUGAGGACAAAGACGCUCGACAGAAAUGUCUGUCUUCUGAGAAUGUGGAGUAAAUGAACUCAUUAUAAAGUCGAUUAAAGCAGCUAAACUGACAUCAGGUUAUGAUGAAAAAAGGGAAAAUAUUAAUCCAAAGCAGUAAUGUAAAUAAUAUGUGUAAUAGAAUGUACAAAAAGAGGUGGAUAAUUUAUUACUAUUUAUUGAGAAGCUUUCAUAGAUGUACCAUAUACUGUACUGUAGAUAUUGCAUGGCUUUUUGUAACAGUAGCAGCACAUAGUCAGUGUUUCCCAUUGAUUACACAUGCUAGGUAAUUAAUGCCUAAUUUAUCCCACCACAAAAACAUUUACACUCCUCAUAAUAACAUAAAAGAUCUCUAGCAUAGUGUUUUAAUGCAGUUGCUUCAUUAGAUCUGUGCACCUUUGCGCCGCUGUCUGUCUGUCUCUCUCUUGUCCCACACAAACUCACCACAGACCAUCUGCGGCACCAGGAGAAAUCCCACCAUGUCAGUCUGUACUGUCCCUAGCAGACAUGUAGAACUCUGCAUAGUAUCUGUAAUUCCUGCUUUUGAUGUGCGCAUUCCAAUGCCGGGCAUGCAGUUCUAAGCAGGCAGGCAGACAUCAGCAUAACACCCCCACCUGACUCUACCCCAACAGCCAUCACACCAGAGAGAAUCUAAUUCUCUGGGAAACACUGCAUAGAGUACAUUGUGUACAUACAUAAUACAUGUAAAGCAUAGGGUAAACAAGGUAUAUAAAUAGAGAGACAGAGAAGUAGGAAUUGUUAUGUAUAUGUAUAUUUAUAAUAAAUUUUGUGUCCACUCACCCAAGGCAGCCAAAGGCUUCCUAUUCUCCCCCAAGUAAAGUGUUUGUGAUUGUGUAA